AUGGCAUCCUCAAGCCGCAUUCAAGAUGCGGAUGCUAACGACCAUGAUGCCAAUACCGAUACCGAUACCGAUACCCAUACCCAUGACGACCCUGCAGCCGAUACGGCUAGCAGCUCCGAUCCGUCCCUCCAAAUCGACAGCGACGAGCGCGACUCGGCUUAUGGUGACAGCCAGUCCUCGUACGUCUUUCCUGUCCUCUGUUCUUCUCCUUGUCUUCUUGACCCGACAUCGACAUCGUUAUUGACCAUCACAAGUUAUACCAUGUCAGCCACUUCUUCCGUCUUCAACUUUCGCUACGAGAAUGGCAGGCGGUACCACGCUUAUGCCGAGGGGAAGUACCCAGUUCCAAAUGAUGAGACCGAGGCCGACAGACUCGACCUCCAGCAUCAGGCAUUUCGACUCUCACUAGACGGCAAGCUUUAUCGAGCCCCAAUUCCAAAAGACGUGCAAAACGUGCUGGACGUUGGUUGUGGUACUGGCAUAUGGGCCAUAGAAUAUGCCGAUGAGCACCCAUCCGCCCGUGUGCUCGGGACAGAUCUAAGUCCAAUCCAGCCAGCCCAAGUCCCUCCUAACUGCGAAUUCCUUAUCGACGACUGUGAACAGGACUGGAUAUUCCGCGAUCAAUUCGACUACAUCCACACCCGGGCCAUGGUAGCAGCCGUGAAAGACUGGAACCGUUUCUUUGAGCAGGCAUACGCAAAUCUCAAGCCCGGAGGCUACGUCGAAUGUCAAGAACUCGCCUUCCCUAUCAAGUGUAUGGAUCCUGGUGUCACAGCCGAAAACUCGGCUCUUAUGCGCUGGUCGGAAUAUUUCCUUGAGGCGGCUUCCAAGGUGGGCUUGGACGGCACAGGUCCUCGCCAUUUCACGCCCAAACUUCGCGAUGCGGGUUUCGUCAACAUCAACGUGAAAAUGCACAAGUGGCCGGUUGGACAGUGGGCCAAAGGUGCAAAGUUCAAGUUGCUUGGCCGGUUCGCGUAUGAAGAUUUGAUGGACUGGCUACCGAGUAGCUCGCUUGGACUAUUCACGAGAGUGUUGAAGUGGACACGGGAGGAGGUGGAAGUAUUUCUAGCCGAGUGUAGGACAGAAGCCAAGCGCAAGGAUCGUCAUUACUACGCCGAUGUUCUCUUUUGGUACGCACGCAAACCCGAGGAUGCAAGCAACUUGGGCUACGGCCAUGAGCCUACCCAAGCUGAAGAGCUACUGGAAUAUGACGAAGAAGAGACCGAGCCUGAAACAAGCACGACGCAAGCCCAGCCCAUCCCAACAACGACCGAUGUAACACGAGCAUCCGUGGAGCAGCUUGCUGCUGUGGCUUCGCAAGGCGAUGACAAGCCUGCGACCGAGCAAUCAAAGUCUUCUGCGACCGUGGCGAAAAUCGACGAGGCGGCCAUCAAAUAA